AUGCCGGUAGUGCAAAAAAAUGCUGCUGCCUUCUGGUUGCUUUUGACCUCCGGUGUCUGGAGUCUGCAAAGUGUUCCAGCUGUAGAAAAAUGGGCCGUUCCUAUGAGACGAGAGCCACCAAAAUACACUCAGCCCCAAUGGUGUUUCAAUUCUGAUCCAAUUUAUCAAGCUUUUAAGAGAGGAGAGGUACCCUUGGUUUGCUUUAAAAACGUGCUUUCAAAAGUUCUGUUGGAGUCACUACGAUCUGAUGCUACAGCGUUACGAUCCGCAGGGUUUGGAGCAACUGCUGGAAUCGCUCAAGCUGCCGACGGUAUUUCAGAUGAGGUACGACGCAACGUGCAUCAAGUUUGGUUGCAGUCGCCCGGGCAGCGUCCUCAAGAAGCCUUUUGUGGAGAUAUUGAUGCACGAAAAAAACUUUUGUCUUUUGUUUCUGAGCUUAGGCUUGACUUGGCAGCCUUGCCGAAAUACGAGAGUUUGGUGCCGGGGGGGAUCGAACUCAGCUACCUUCUCUAUGAGCCGGGCUCCUUUUACAAACGACACAUUGAUUCGCCAAAAGUUAGAGAUAGAGAGGGAAAUGUAAUGGUAGACAAACGAGCUGUUAGCAUGAUUUUAUACCUUGGCGACGCUCACGAGAACCGAGAUUGGGACAUCUCAAUAGAUGGUGGUGCCUUACGAAUCUACGGUAACGAAAAUGUUAAAUGCAGACAAGCACAAGAGAAAGGUGAGGGACGUUUACAGUUAGACGACUAUCUCGACAUUGUGCCGGAGCGUGGAACGAUGGUGUUGUUCGAGUCAGAGCAAGUCGCACACGAGGUACGACCUACGGAACGCGACCGUAUAUGUGUUGCAGGAUGGUUUCGCCACCGAUCAUGUUAG